GCCCGGUAGACAGUAUAACAUCUGCCACAGAAGAAGAUUGUACAUCGUCUUUAAAUGUUUAAAGACCACGCUGAUAUUAACUUAUUAUAUUCUUCUGGCGAGUAAUAACUCCCAGUUUGCCGCGAGUCCUCAUUCUUAUUACUUGAUUUCCGUGUGUGCUUCCAAUCACAUAAAACACAUAAUAAUCUAAAGUUAAGGAAAAAAGAAGCUAGAAUUUUUAAAAGUCGUCAAGGUGUCAUGAGAGGCGGUUUCAUAAUCCGCCCUUCUUAUCUGUCCUACGUAGAGUCAUGCAUGUCGCGCCCUUCAAACGAGGUGAAAUUUGAUGUAACAUUCUGACAGAGAGAGGGAGAGCUGUUAACAAAAAUACAACAACUAAAUAUGCUGAAUUGUAUUACGCUUGAUGAACAAAUGAUUUUAGCCGUCCCGGCUGUUGUCGAUCAGUAGUUAGAGGAAUGUAUCACACAUCAGCCAAUUCUGCUCUUUCGCUAACUCGCGUUCAGCCUGAAACAAUAUUAGCAAACGUGGGAUACGAGCAAGAAACGCGAAAUGGCGAGACCACGGACACACUGUCAAAGCAACCAGGAAGCAUCGGAGAAACGGGGAGCGCAUCGCCGACGCAAGACAACUUAUCAGGAAACAGGAACAGAUGGCGGCUUCGUAGGAGCAGCUCGACACAAGGCAAAAACAAUGAACUGGCUUCUUGUCUGGGGGAUGACGAAGACGGGGGUGGAAGGCGCGGAGGGCUGGAGGGGAAGGACCCAGAGACGAACGACCCUGUUCACCUCAAGAGACGGGUGGGACUCGUCAGUGGGGUGGCUUUAAUUGUCGGGACCAUGAUCGGUUCAGGAAUAUUCGUAUCGCCGACGGGUUUGUUAAUCCGCACUGGCAGCGUCGGCAUGAGUUUCCUGGUAUGGACCGCGUGCGGAGUACUGAGUUUGUGCGGAGCGCUAGCUUACGCUGAACUCGGUACAAUGAACACCAGCAGCGGGGCUGAGUACGCGUAUUUCAUGGACGCAUUUGGAGCACCACCGGCAUUUCUUUUCUCCUGGACAUCAACGCUCGUUCUCAAGCCCUCGCAGAUGGCGAUAAUAUGCCUCUCGUUUGCCCAGUACGCUGUUGAGGCGUUUGCCGCGGAGUGCGAACCGCCAGAACAUCUUGUUAAAAUCGUCGGGCUUCUUGCAAUCACGGUUAUUCUGCUCAUUAAUUGUUACAGUGUUAAUCUUGCGACUGGCGUACAAAAUACCUUCACGGCCGCCAAGCUCAUUGCUAUACUUGUCGUAAUAGCCGGUGGCUCGUGGUCACUUGCCAAAGGCAAUACUCAACAUCUGCAAGGUGCAUUUAAAAUGUUAGAUGAAACCGACACCCUGACUAUCGGAAGACUUGCGACUGCAUUUUAUACUGGUCUUUGGGCUUACGAUGGAUGGAACAAUCUUAAUUAUGUUACGGAAGAAAUUAAAGAUCCUUCCAAAAAUUUACCCAGGUCUAUUAUGAUUGGAAUUCCUCUUGUUACUGUAUGCUACGCUCUUAUUAAUCUUUCUUAUCUGGCUGUCAUGUCACCCAUGGAAAUGAUUGAAAGUGAAGCUGUAGCAGUUACCUUUGGAAAUCGUAUUCUUGGAGUAAUGGCAUGGCUGAUGCCCUUCUCGGUAGCUGUGAGUACCUUUGGAUCAGCAAACGGAACCCUUUUCGCUGCUGGAAGACUGUGUUUCGCUGCCUCGCGACAAGGCCAUCUUCUUGACUGUCUCAGUUAUGUUCACGUCCGACGUUUUACCCCGGCACCAGGGCUUAUUUUUCACUCUUUAGUGGCAGCCGCAAUGGUGUUGUCUGGUAACAUCAACUCACUAAUUGACUUCUUUUCCUUCACUGCAUGGAUAUUCUACGGAGGUGCGAUGCUCGCGCUACUAGUUAUGCGCAAGACACGACCUAAUCAUCCUCGUCCUUACAAAUGUCCGCUUGUUAUACCAAUAUUUGUGCUAGGAAUUUCCAUGUACCUGAUAGUUGGCCCAAUAAUUGAUAAGCCUCAGAUUGAGUAUCUGUAUGCCGCGGGAUUUAUCGCUGCUGGCAUGUUAUUCUACCUCCCGUUUGUCAAAUAUGGAUAUGUACCCAAAUUUAUGGAAGGGGUUAACGUUUUUCUUCAGAUGUUGUUGGAGGUGGCACCAACAGCCGCCUCAUACGAUUGAUUCUUCUUAUAUAUUCAUAAAUAUAAAAUACAGAAUCACAAAAUAAUAUAAUUAAAUAUUUUGGUGCCGAAUCAUUCCACUGUGGCAUUGGAUAUAAAUUAUAUUAUAUAACUAUAUAUAUACUUACAUACAUACAGACAUAAAUAUAAAAUCAAUAAUUAUUUUGUAUUUUUAUUAAUUGGAGAUUAAAGAUUAUUAAGAAAAAAAAAACAUUUUAAAGGAUACAGAGAUAACGUUUUUAUCGUUGACUUUGAUGAGGGUAAUUUUUUGUAAGCCCAAUUCUAUUAUUGAUAAAUAUAUAUAUAAAUACAUAAAUAUUAUUUUAUUACUCGUUAUAUGCUGCGUAGUCUACAACAAGGUGAUAUAGUUGAAUGUUACCAAUAGCAAUAGAUAAAAAAAAACAAAAAUAAAUGUUGUAAAUCAUGUGAGCAAAUAAUACUAUUUAAA